UUCAGAUGUUCAUCAGUCGUUGAGGCAGUAAGAUCAGACACAAAAUAGAGAAAUUAAACAAUUAACAAAGUGAUUUGUGUUUUGUAAGAAUCUGUUUUACUUACACCAGAAAUUACGCUUCAUAUUAGAGUGAUAGUGACAAGGUAUUGACACUGAAAAGAUACUUACAAAGCAAAGUGUGUGACAUUAAGGAAAUCUUGGACACAAAAUGGUGACAAAGGAGUUAAAAGACUUUUCACUCCCGAAAUAAAAAGACUUUUAAAAGAUUGGCUCGUUCGAAGACGCGACAAUCCCUAUCCAAGUAGGGAAGAGAAGAAAAUUCUUGCUCAAGAUACUGGUCUCACUUAUACUCAAAUUUGUAAUUGGUUUGCAAAUUGGAGAAGGAAAUUGAAGAAUACGAGUAAUCAAAAGAAAUCUUGGGGGAAUCUCAUUAAAAACUACAACAAUUCAGCUAAAGGAAAUGUAGAACAAUUCAGCAUUUGCAGUGCGGAUUCAAUAUGGGGAGAGGGACAUAGAAAUGAAGAAUCAUUAGAUUCAUGUUCAAUGGACGACUCGGAAGCUCAAGAUUUGUCUCAAGGAAGUGAGAGAAAAUUUAAUGAAAUGGCAUCGAUAGCGCAUGGGCAAAGUUUCAUGUUGCCUACAACACCAUUUUUACAAAGCUCACAACUUGCUACGAAUUUUAUGGCACAGGCUCAAUGCUUCCAUAUCUCAUCAACAACAAAUGACUGUCAUUUUCAACAUCAAUUUCCAGCAGAUCACAAACAAUAUUUUUCAAACUCAAAUAAAUUUAAGAAUCAUAUAAUGGAAAAAUAUCUGCGCGGACUUGGUGAUGAAACGAAUAAUAAUGUAACGCAAAUUAUGAAAAAUAAUAAUUGCGAGUUGAUUGAAAAUAAUAAUUUCACUGACAGUCUUGGUGACAAUAAUGGUAGUGAAGAGACAAAUAAAAAGCCUGAACUUUCAAAGUGGCUUGAGAGCACCGCCAAUUUCAUGCCCAGUAAUUAUAAUAUUGACUUUAUGAAAAAUGAUAAGAGAAAGACAUCAAAAGGCAACAGCAAUUCAAGUCUUUGUGAGAAAGAACUUUUAGCAGCAGAGACUUUAGUUCUUCUUAAAAACAACUUUCGUACUAAAUUUUACAAUAGUUGAUUCUUACUGAGAUAUCUAAAUAAUAUUCUUUUAAUAGGAUUGUAGAGCAUUCCAAUGUGCUUUUAUUCGCUUAAAACCAUUGAAGAAUGGAUUUUGGAAUUUUAAAAUAUUAAAAUCCAAAAACGUUGAAAAAAUUGUGUGAUGAUGAUCUGUUAAUUGUUAAAGUUUUAUUUUAUCACAAAAUAAAUUAUUUCAUGACCUUGAU